AGUAGUCAUGGAAAAUAUUAUUCUCCAUGUCACCUGCCUAUUCAAUAAAUCCAGCUCAUCUGUACAUAUCUACUUACUAACAAAGAUUCUAGUGCUCAUAUCUUACUCUGUAUUACAUCACUCUAGACUUUGGUUUUCUGAUGUCUAUUUGCACUCAAACUCUACUUUUUUUUGUGAAUAUUUUCAUAAUGGUGUGGAAAAAAUCAUGGUUUCCCAACAAAAUUUUCAAGCAGACCAGGACACUGAUAGUUCGCCCUAAAGCGAAACACUAUGUAGAUAAUGAUCAAGCCCUUGCCUAUGGACACACGCCAGACAGUCCGACUGGUUUCUCGAUCGACCUUGGCGACGGCGCACUUGCCACAAAACGCCCAGAGACACGGGAUAUAGGGGUUAACACGGAUUCCGAGGAUACACAAUCGAAACCAAAUACUGUCUCAAUUGACGAACACAACGCAGCCAUAGAUUCCCUCGCCCACAGCACUGAACAAGAAUACCAGGCCCGCACCAAAGCAGAGAAUGAAAUCCAACAGCUGAACAGCAAGUUGAAGGCUAUGCAGACUAAAUGGAAGCGAACAGCCAACCAGUUGGACCAGAUGCUCUCUCAAUCUCAGGGGUUCAACAAAGUCACCGAUGAAGAGUUCAAAGAUAUGGCCUUGCAAUUACAGUACAACAUACGCAAUUUCGCCAUCCAAUACUUCAGUGAUCCAGCCAAAGGGAGUGGGAUUCAGGUCAGGUCUUUCUUGCUGAAUCACAUGCCUAAAGACUUUAAAUUAUAUCUCAAAUCUCGAGAGAACUGCCCAGCAAUAAUCCAGGCAUUCAUAUGGAAAAUGCUCACAGUCUUUAUUUUCAAUAAGUUCCUGUGGGCUGGGUGUGCCUCAAGGGGCUUUAGCCAAUUAUGGCAACAGUUAAACUUCGAAAGAACUGGAGACCAGAAACUUCACAUGUGGCGCGCCACAACAGCGACACUAACUUCCCAAUCCAUGACCGAAAAAGAUUUGAGCCAUAAUCAACAGACAAAGGAUCGGGUUUUACAUGAUAUCCUGGAGAUUACCAAAGCGCUGUCGGAUCAGGCAUACGAUAGCGAAGUCAGUAGCAUAAUAGACGACGCAAUAAAGCUGGACAAGAUCAUCAGCUUGCAGGUGGCCGGAGUGUCAUGGAACUUCCAAGACGAUCGCGACGAGAUACAUGCGAAAACCCGUCACGCACCAGAUAUGGGAAGCAUGGUCGUUGUCUUCCCUGCUAUGCUCAAGCGAGGCAAGUCCAAUGGAGAAGACUUCGAUGUUGAGUAUGUGCUACUACCAAGAAUCAAGGAACUAUGUGUAGUUGAGGGCGCGCGAAAGGAACAGAAGGGAUAAUAAACAGUGAGAUAUUCUGAAAUAUCAUAUGUGUUAUGACGGAUACUUAUGUCGCACUAGAGACUGUCGUGCAACAUUUGUGGCUCUUUGCGGUUCAGGGGUUCAGGGGUUCGGGAUCCUUCAAUGUUUGUAGUGUGCUGACUAACUAAGCCUGAUGAAUUCAUCAAUAUAACGAAUGAAUAAG